UCCCGCCCUUUAUAUCUCUAUUCCCUUCUCUUCCUCCUCCUUCCACCCACUCCACUUCUUCUUCUUGUUGUUAUUGUUGUUGUUGUUAUUGUCAUUAUUGUUGUUGAGCUUAAAGAAUGGAGGUGAUACUGUCACAAAUGUGGUCACUCUUAGGACUUCUAACAGUCCUACACAAUGUCCUACCAUCCCAACUCUUAUCACUUCUACACUCACUCUGGCAAUCCCUUCAAGACUCCUUAACUCCAUACUCCUACUUCGACAUUCCUGAAUUCUUAGGUUCCUCCGCCGUCGAACCUAACGAUCUCUACCGCCACGUCCAUCUCUAUCUCCACCACUCUCUCCUCUCCUCUUCCCCUCCUCCUCCUCUUCCUCGUCUCACCCUUUCUCUCCCUCGUUCCUCCUCACCUUCUUCACCUCCUUCUCUAUCUCUCUCACCCAACCACUCCAUUGAAGACAUCUUCUCCGGCCACCGUCUUGUCUGGACUCACCACGCCGACACUCUCCACGACUCUCUCGACGAGCGUCGCUCCUUCUCUCUCCGUCUUCCUAAACGUCAUUCUCUUCUCCUUCCUUACAUCUCCCAUGUCUCCUCCGUCGCCGAAGUGCUCUCCCACUCCUCUCGCCAACGCCGUCUUUUCACUAACUCCGGCUCCUCCUCCGGCGCCGCUUGGGCUUCUGUUCCUUUCCGUCAUCCUGCCACUUUUGACACCCUUUCCCUUGACCAAACUCUCAAGAAGUUCCUCAUCUCCGACCUUGAUUCUUUUGUUAAUGGUGGUGACUUUUAUCGAAGCACUGGUCGUGCAUGGAAACGUGGUUAUCUUCUUCACGGUUCUCCAGGGGUCUGGAAGUCUAGUCUUGUUGCUGCCAUUGCCAACCACCUUCAUUACGACGUCUACGACCUUGAGCUCACUAAAGUUGCCGACAACUCUGAUCUCCGUGCACUUCUUAUUCAGACUACUAAUCGGUCUAUUAUAGUCAUUGAAGACAUUGAUUGCUCACUUGAUCUAACUGGUGAUAGAGCAAUCAAAACAAGGAAGAGAACAAGAAGAAUGAGAGGAGUUCGUCGUAGUGGUGGUGGUGCAACGAGUAGUAGUGGAGAGGAUGAUGAUGAUGAUGAGAAAGGGUGUGAGAAUGGGGAAGCUAGAGUGACUUUGUCUGGGUUGUUGAACUUUACUGAUGGGUUAUGGUCCUGUUGUGGGGAAGAGAGGAUUAUAGUGUUUACGACGAAUUAUAAAGGAAGAGUUGAUCCGGCAUUGCUUAGGCCGGGAAGAAUGGACGUGCAUGUGAGGUUGGGAGUUUGUGGGGUGGAAGUGGUGAAGGAGUUGGUGGAGAGGUAUGUAGGGAAAGGGAAGGUGAGGAAGGAGAUGAUGGAGAUGGUGGAAGAAGGGGUGAGAAUGGGGAAAGGAAUGACUGCGGCGGAGGUUGGGGAAGUGUUGUUGAGGAAUAGGGAGGAGCCGGAGAAGGCGGUUAGGGAGUUGGUAGGGGAAAUGCAAAGGAAGGGAGUAUCAUGUGGGAGUGGAGGAGAAGUGGAGGAAGAGGAGGAGGAGGAAGAGGAUGGAGGAUGGACUGAGGGGAGUUGGGAAGGAGGGCCGGAAGGGAAGAGGAGGAAGGAGAAGGAUGGGUGGCAAGGAAGAGUGAGGUUUUUGGGGAGGUUGAGGAGUUUGACUAAGUCUGAAUCUGGAAGGAGGGGAGUGUGAGUCUUCUUCUCAAUUUGGUUAUGUGUGU